AUAAUAGUUAUUUGUAUUGAAGCACAGGAGAUUAAUUUUUAUGAAGCAUGUAAAGAGUAUAUUUAUAUAAAUUAUAUUUUGGUGACUGUCAAGGUUGUUUCUGCAAGCAUUUUAAAUGUAAAGUUCAUAUACCACAAAUAAAAAAAGAUGUAUAAAAGCACAGUACUUCAUAAAAUACCAGGUGAUUUACCACCUAUCCCAAAACAAGAACAUCAAGGAUAUAUUGAUGAUAUGGGAAAGUUAAAGAAAUUUCAGUUGGAAGAAAUCUUAGAAAGACAGAACAAAAUUCUUAAUAAUAAAGCCUUUAUAUUAAAGCUGCCAGACAAAGGAGAAAAGAUUAAGAAAUUUCGUGAUAGAUUAGUGGAGGAAUUAAAAAAUAAAGAUGAUAUUGAAAAUGCUGCUAAUCUUCUGUCAGGAUUGAAUAUAGCAUCCGAAGGAAAAAUGGCCAUGAAUAAACUAGAAUGGACAGGCAAAUACAAUGAAACAAAAAAUACAGAGAAAAUUGUUCAACUUGACAGCGAUGAUGAAGAUGAUCCUUUGAAAAUCUUGGCACAACCUACAGGUUCUGGUGUUCAUAAGAAGAAAGUCAUACAUUUACCACCAGAAGAAAGUUUGAUUAAGCCAGAAGAUUUGGCAGAAAUAGAAUCAUUUAAAAAAGAAUCUACAGAACCUGCUGAUCAUGUUUCAUUUAUUGUCAAUAAAGUGGAAAACCAUUCGGAAGAUAAAAAUAAAAAGAUACCAUUUAAACCAUAUAAAACAACUAAAUCUGGUGUACAUGAGCCAGAAAAAGAAAAGCAAAGAAAACAAAAUAAGUACUGGGAAGUUACAGCAGCUACACCCCCGCUCAUAGUUCAUGAUGCAGCAAAAAUUAUAGAUUUAAGUGAAUCUUUGAGACUACAGAAGGAGCAAAGUGACAAACUUCAGGAAAUUCAAGCAAAGCAUGCAGCAGAGAGAUUAGCUGAACAAUUUGGUUUACACAGUAUUGGACCUGUACCUCAAAAUGUAGGUACUUAUCGUGAACCGAGUGAAAAAGAUUCUGGUUCUGAAAGUGAAGAGCACGAAGUACACGAUGAUGAAGAUAAUGAUAAAAGGGGAACUGUUGUUUUCACAGUGGACAGUAUUGAGCAUUAAGUACCUUAUUAAUAUAUAAGUUUAUAUGUUUUGAUAUAGAUAUAAGUGUUCAAAUGUUUUGUAAGAGUUUAUAAAUAAAUUGACGAUAUCUCAAGAUAUUUUAAAUAAAUUUGGUGUUCAAUCUAAUAA